UUUAAUAAUAAUAAUAUUAUUAUUAUUUUAACAAAUUCAAAACAAACAUUAUUCAUUUGUUUUGACAAAUAAAAAAUCGUUCGUUCGGAGACAAUAUGGGUAAUUGUCUUAAAAAAAAUACGUCGGACGAUAUGUCUUUAUUACGGGGCGCAGAUAGUACACGAGAAUCAACAGAUCCACUUGGUUCGCCUCCUAGUUUACAGGAUCCACCACAAGUAAUUGUACCUGUUUACUAUCCUGCACCAAAUGUGAGUCGCCCGGCGUCUCAACUAACUGAAGAAGAACAAGUAAAAAUAGCUAAACGAAUUGGUUUAAUUCAACAUUUACCGACAGAUCUUCACGAUGGUUCGAAAAAAUCACGUGAAUGUGUUAUUUGUAUGAUUAAUUUUCAAGUAUCCGAUCCGGUACGUUAUUUACCAUGUUUGCAUAUGUAUCAUCGAGCAUGUAUCGACGAUUGGUUAAUGCGUAGUUUAACAUGUCCAACUUGUAUGGAACCAGUGGAUGCUGCAUUAUUAAACAGUUACGAGACAAACAAUUGAUAACUGCUUCCAAUCAUCAAUCAACCUCCAACAUUCAACAUUCACAUCCAACAUCUUACCACCACAAUCUUUUUACUAACUCGUAAUCAAAACAUCAAAAUCAAAAAAAAUGUCUACAAAACAACCAUUUGCUUACAAAAAAUAAGUAAAACAAUAAUUUAUAAAUACAGUCAAACCCUGUUAUAACGUCAUUAUAUAUGUACAUUUCAUCUCUUAUAAAUGAUAACAGAUGACUCACUAAAAAAAUCAUCGUUCGUCGAGAAUAAAAGCAUAAUCAUCAAAAGAUAUGCUGGAAUGCUAAAAGAUCGGAUUGGGGCCCCAAUAUGUAAUUUCAACUGAUGAGAUGAAACGGAUAUCUGGUAACUAUCCGAUAUUCGACCUAUCCAGCCUGUUUUCACUGUACGGACGGAUACCGGAUAGUAAUUCAGUAUCCAGCCGAAUUCCGGAUAGUAAAAUUCAAAAAAUUCUCAUUAGUUUACAGAAAUUUAUUUUAAUAAUCGCACGUCCUAAUGUUUGUUUUAUGAAUUAUUUUAGUACUCAAAAUUAACAAGUGACAAAUUGUGGUGAAUGAAUAGUAAAUUUUCCACAUUUGUUGGUAAGAGGCGACUGACUCCGCUUGGCUUCGUAUACCAGACAAGAUUCUAUAAAUUGCCUUUCGCUGAUUGCGAUCGGUUCAGAAUGUCUUUAAGAAAAAGUCAAUCUCGUUAGCAAUUGGAACAAUCUCGUCCCAAAUAGGAAAUAGUCCCCAAAAAGAAGAAGAUUUUUCGUUAGAGUUUUUUAUAUAUUCUAUCAUGAUUUUCUGCCGGGCUUUUUCUUUUUCACCUAAAUAGUCUGACUUGAACUACGACGCCAAGUGAAAUAAAGUAGAACUACCGGGCCGAAUAUCCGACCUCGUAUCUUGCCGGAUAUCUGUUAUCCGGCCAAACCAUGAUCCGUUUCGUCUUUAACUUCAACCAUUAUAAACUAGUAUUUACCCGCGGUUUCGCCACUUGUUUAUAGCGAGAAAUAAAUUAGUUUUUUUAAUAGACGUAGAAAGGAGACGCAACUUGAAUUUUGAUAUUUAUAAUCAAGAUUGGUCUAGUGAUAAAAUUUCUGUGUUUCAUUGCGACGAAGCAGAUAAAUAUACAGUUUGGCAACCAUCUCGUUAGCCAUUUAGAAUAUAUGAAGUAACAAUAGAUUUUAUGGCCGUUCUUAUGUAUAAGACAGAGUGAUAUGUGCAUAUACGCAUCUCAUACAGUACAUUCCCUCUUUGUUUUGUACAUAAGAACUUGCAUAAAAACUUUUCGUACAUCAUAUAUUUUAAAUGGCUAACGAGAUGGUUGCCAAACUGUAGAGAAAGGUUCUCAAUACUAUCCUUAAAUAUUCCAGCUUGCCUUUGAGGAGCAUCCUUUCAAUUUUCCUCCGAAAAAGAUUAUUUUAGUGUCCUAGCAACCAAAUGACUCCCUUAUUGCAUAAUCACUAUUCAAAAUGUAUAAAGUUCAAAAUAUUAUACAGAGUUUUGAAAAAGUAUUGGAAAGAAGGAGAUACAGGAAAAGAAAAAUUUCUUCUUACAGCCGUACUUUUUGAAAAUCUUUUAUGGUCCCUGUUAUCAAUAUAAUACCCAGUGCCGGAUUCAGAGUUAGAGCCGUGAGUCCUGGGCUUAGGGUGGUAAAAUUAAAACUUCUUUUUUGUCUAACAUGUAUUAUAUAUCUAUGUCGUUACACAAAAAAAGUGGUUUAGGAUGCCUAGGGCGCCUGUUCAUUCAAAUCCGCCGUUGCUCUUUCAACUAAAUCAUAAUUAUCCCCGUUUACAACCGAUGGCGUUAUAACCAGAUUUUGACUGAAUUUAAAAAAUAAAAAAAUAAGUGCAAUUUAUUUCAGCCGCAAUUUUGAACUUAUAAAAAUAAUAAAA